UUGUCAAAAUAUUGUUUUUUUUUCGUGUUAAAUAUUAGUUUUUAAUAUUUGUUUUGUUUCCUUAGACAGUUUCUUUGAGACUUGGUUGUCUACAAAUUCUUCAUCGAUUUAUGUCGGCUGUCGCUAAUCCGUCCACGUCAUCGAAGAUAAUGGACGAAGACAGUGAUGGAUCUAUGUCUUAUGAAGAAAAGUUAUUAGCCAAGGAAAAUAUAGAACUGAUAUCAGGAAAAGAUAUCAAAGAGGAAUCUUUGGAUAAAAAUGUAAUAUUCCGUAACAUUUUUAAAUGUCUACGCUGUGAACUAACUUUUGAGAAUGAACACCAAUUACAUAAUUGUGUAGCAUUGCCUCUUAACAUAAAUAAACAAAAGAAAUUAAAGCGAGUGUUCAAAUGUUCACUAUGUGAUAAACAUUAUCUCUUUCCAUCGUUAGCCAUGCUCCAUUUGAAACGUCAUCAAAAAUAUUCGGAAAGGAAAAUAGAGAACACAUGUGAUCUUUGCAUUGCCAAAUUUGAAUCUGCAAAAGAAUUAAAAGAUCACUUUGAGGUGAAACACAAUAUUUUUCAAUUUCAAUGUAAUAUUUGUGAUAAAUUAUUCAAACAAGCCAGGAAUUUACAAUAUCAUAUGAUGAGUCACUCAGGAGACAAACCAUUUCAAUGCGAGUUGUGUGGACACAAAUUUACUAGAGCCGAUCAUUUGGUCAGACAUCGAAGAGAUAAUUGUGAUCAAAUGGAAUUUGAAUGUGACGUAUGUGGAAAAAUUUACAAUACUAAAAGAGGUAUAAGAACGCAUUUGAAAGUACACUAUGACAGUCCAAAACCUGGUGCCAUAUGGGCAUUAUAUACAGAAUCUGGACAAAAAUAUUAUGAGUGCACGUUAUGUAGUAAGACGUUUACUCAAUUUUCUAGAUUCAAGGAACACAUACGAACUCAUACUGGUGAUAAACCUUUUGAAUGUCAAAUUUGUAAUAAAAAGUUUACUUGCCAUUAUAAACUUAAAAUGCAUGGUGAUGUACAUAUAAAUGAUAAACCAUUCAAAUGCAAUUAUUGUGAGCUCAGUUUCAAAAAUCGAAGGUACCUUAAUAAGCACAUGCACAAACAUUAUGGAAUCAAAAAAUAUCACUGUAGAAUUUGCAAUAAAGAGUUUCAAUGGUACAAUAGUCUGAAAUAUCAUAUGGCCUCACACUCUAGUGACAAACCAUAUGUAUGUAUUGAAUGCAACAAGUCUUAUUCACAUCUUAGUACCUUAGUAGCUCACAAGCGGACUCAUGGCGGUGAAAAAAAUUAUGAAUGUCAUAUUUGCAAUAAAAGAUUUGGUCAUUCUAACACGUUAAAAAAUCACAUUACCACUCAUAGUGAAGAUAAGCCAUUCAAGUGUCAUCUGUGUCCAGCUCAGGUUUCUACAUGUGCAUCGCUGAAAAUUCACUUGAAUACGCAUGGUGGAGAUUAUCAAUGUAGUGUUUGCGGCAGUACUUUUUUCCAAUUAUCUAAUCUGAGGUAUCAUGAAAGUAAGGUUCAUGGCAAAACAAAUUUCUAUGACUGUGAAGUUUGUGAAGAAAAAUUCACUUCAAAAUCGCAAAUGAACGAACAUUUAAGACAUGAUCAUCACAUUCAGUUCACAAAAACUGUCACUGUAUAUGAUGUUGACUUUAUACAAGAGAAAAGGUGAUAUUUACACGGUUACACAGCAAGAAACAACGCUCCACUAUAAAAUGAUUGGUUAUCUAAAAACAAACACUGUUUAGGAAUAAAUCACAGAGAUGGAACAUAUGCAAAUGUUUAAUUAAACAUUGAAAAAUUAAAUUAUCUUACAUCCAAUAGUUACAUCAUAAUACAAUACUAUACAAAGCCAUAGGCUUGGACACCAUCUACUACAGUAUAAUAUUAUUUUAAUCUUUCCUAUUUCAAUGUAUUUGUUAUAUAUUCAAAUUCUAUGUAUUAUAAGAGCAUUUUCAUUUUACUGCAAAUAUCUUACGCAGAUUUAAAUGUACUACCUUAUACACUAAUUAUUUGCAAAAUAUUCAUUAUAGUAGAAUAAAAAAUUAAAAUUAUUUUUUUAUUAUGUAUUAAAUCAUUGGUUGGCUUGACUUCAAAAUAAAUGAAGUAGGUAUGAACAUUUUUAAUUUAAAACAAUUUUUAUGAAUAAUUAGAUUUUUAAUUACAAUUAUUAUUAUAAUCUUUUAUUUAGCCAAUAAAGUGAACUAAU